AGUAUAAUCUUCAACUAUAAACAGCUCCCAUCAGAAUCAUUCAACAUAAUUAUUUUGUUUCACAAUUAAUAUAUAGGUAUAAUCUUAACAUAUGAUUGUGUUUGAUAGAUAGGCUUGUUUCAAUUGGAAAAGCACAUAAACCAAGAAUAUUUAAUACUGCUAAGUACUGUUUAUACUUUAUACUUUAUCCUAAAUAGAAAUAGAACAAAUCCAUUGACCGUAAAAUAAAAAACAAUAAAUGAAUGAGUCAGAAAAAUAUGAAAUCCAUAUAUAAGUUGGGAAUUGUAUAAAAACGACGACGUAUUCAAUGAUGUCCCCACACGUUCCGUGCGUAACGCCGUGCGUAUAUCAAUCAACACGGUCACAUAUGUAGAGUUAUGUUAUGUAUAUGUGUAUAGUGUUAUCAAAAUGUUAAUAAGUUCUGACUGUGAGUAAAUUUAUAAAAUCAUUAAGACGACGUAUUCAAAGUUGCCCCACACGCUAGUAUGUAUAAGUAUAACAAAUAAAUUUUAAACAUUGAAAUAUGAAAAUCAAUAGGUCGUGUGGUUUGAUUUUUUGUGGUUUUAAAUCCGAGGAAAACGUAAAACCUUUGAAUCAAGACUCAAAGAAAAAUCUUCACUCCGUACCUUAAGGUCCAAUCCCAAUUUUGUUCUCACGAAAAAAAACAUCUAAAAAAACAACAUAAAUUUAUAUAUUCAUUAAUAUAAAUAUAGACGACAGAUAGGCAAAGAAAAGACAUAACCAUAAACAGAGAGAGUUCUUCUUUUUGUCUUUAAUAAGUGUCUCUGUUUCUUAAAACAUUCUACGAAACUUCUUCAGAUCGUAAUCAGUGUAGCUUUAAUGGCUUUAUCUUUUGGAUACUUACAAAGAGACAACAGUUUCAAGAAAGAUUCACAAGAGUGUGAAACACCGAGAAUUCGUAAAAACCCGGUACACAUGUAUCUUGAGAAGACUUUAUCGUUCAAAGAUUUGGUCGACCAGGGGAGCAAAUACAGAGAUGGAAGUUGCGGGGUCAAAACGAGAAAAGGUAUAAACUUGAAGGGUCCUAAACCAGAUAACAUGAUUCUUGAGAGAAGUCUCUCGUUCACGAGUCUAGUACAAGUGGAACACAGAGAAGACGAGGAAGAAGGCUCGUCUCCAAAACGAAGGAACAGAGGUAAAAUGGGAAAUUUAACGGCGUUAAGUUUACCAGCACCGACGCCGUUUUGGUCUCCAAGACCGUCGACGGAGCUAGACGCUGCCGCCGUUACGUUACAAAAGGUUUACAAGAGUUACCGAACACGUAGAAACCUUGCUGAUUGUGCAGUUGUUGUUGAAGAGUUAUGGUGGAAAGAAUUGGAAUUGGCAAAGUUAGAACCGAAGAAAACCAAUGAGAAACCGGAGUCGGCUGUAUCAAGGUGGGCAAGAGCUGGAACAAAAGCAGCAAAGGUGGGGAAAGGAUUGUUGAAAGAUGAUAAAGCACAAAAAUUAGCAUUGCGACAUUGGUUAGAAGCCAUUGAUCCACGACAUAGGUACGGACAUAACUUACACUUAUACUACGAUGUCUGGUCAGAAAGCGAGAGUACUCAGCCUUUUUUCUUCUGGUUAGACAUUGGAGAUGGCAAGGAAGUAAAUCUCAACAAAUGUUCAAGAACGCUUCUUCAGCGUCAAUGCAUCACUUACCUUGGUCCGAAAGAGAGACAAGCUUACGAAGUGGUAGUGGAAGAUGGGAAAUUAGUCAACAGACAAACCAAGAACCUAGUGGAGACUAUUGAAGGAACCAAAUGGAUCUUUGUGUUGAGCACGACAAGAAAAUUGUACAUUGGUCAGAAGCAGAAAGGUCGGUUUCAACACUCGAGCUUUCUCUCCGGCGCCGCUAUUACCGCCGCCGGUAGAAUUGUUUCACACGGUGGAGUUGUUAAAGCUGUGUGGCCGUACAGUGGUCAUUAUCUCCCGACAGAAGAGAAUUUCCGAGAAUUUAUCGGUUUCUUGAAAGAAAACCACGUGGAUCUCACUAAUGUCGAGAUGAAUGCGAUUGACGACGAUGAUCAUCUGGUCAAAACGGACGGAAGCACCAAGCCGUCGAUGAUGGUGGCGAAAUCGGACGGUUCAGAUGAAAAGAAACGCUUUUCAUGCAAGUGGAGUACUGGAAAUGGUCCUAGGAUCGGGUGUGUGCGGGACUACCCAAUGAAUCUGCAGACGCGGGCGCUUGAACAAGUCAACCUUUCUCCUCGUGUAGUCAACGGAACAAUGGGAUUAUUUGGCCCAAUACCGUCGCCAAGACCCAGCCCAAAGAUCCGUGUCUCUCCUAGACUCUCUUGCAUGGGUCUUCCAAGCCCAAGGCACUAAUUUUCCCAAUUUUCCUAAUCUGAUCAAUUAAUUUUGAAUAUUCCUUUUUUUUUUGCAGUCCCCUAACAUUGGGUGAUUCUUUAUUUAGAGUAUAACUUGUACUCAUUAUUAUUAUUAUUAUUUUUUUUU